CUCUGUGGGAUUGAGCGCUGCCUCUCUCCUUUUUCUGUUUUUUACACGGAUACACUGCGAGACUUUCCCCCUCUCCACAGGUUAUUCUCGUUUUGUGGGUCCUUUUAGACUAGAAUAGAAGCUGGUUUAGUGCACGGUGUUUCUUCUCUAAGUAAACUUGCUAAAAGUGGCUUUAUUCGGCUCGGAAGGGAUGAUGAUGGGGACUUUACGCGACCUCCAGUACGCGCUUCAGGAGAAAAUUGAAGAACUGAGACAGAGAGACGCGCUCAUUGACGAACUGGAGCUCGAACUGGACCAGAAAGACGAACUCAUUCAGAAACUGCAGAACGAACUGGACAAGUACCGCUCCGUGAUCCGCCCGGCGACCCAACAGGUCCAGAGCCGCUCGGAGCUGCAGGAGCAUCAGCGCACCAAACGCCAGGCGAUCAGCGCCGAACCCGCCAACGUCCAGCAGCUGAGUCACGUGACCCUGCCCAACGUCCCCAAGAGUGCCAAGUCAAAGGAACUGAUCAAGUCAGCUAUUCUGGACAAUGACUUCAUGAAGAAUCUGGAGAUGUCUCAGAUCCAGGAGAUAGUGGACUGUAUGUAUCCUGUGGACAAUGACAAAAACAGCUGUAUUAUUAAAGAAGGGGAUGUGGGCUCCCUCGUCUACGUCAUGGAAGAGGGAAAAGUUGAAGUGUCUAAAGAAGGAUUGAAGCUGUGCACUAUGGGACCAGGAAAAGUGUUUGGAGAGCUCGCCAUCCUUUAUAACUGCACCAGGACGGCCACUGUGAGAAACAGGAGGCCAGAUUGA